CACAAAGACACACCCCCUCGUGCAUGUUCAAGGCGAGCUGAAUGUUAAGUUUAACGCAGCUACAACAUGAGCAGAUAAUGUGCCACUUUCAGCACAGACUGUUUUUUUGCUUUUAUGAUGGCAUUGAACUGCAGCGCAUUCAGUCGCCUUAUCUUAGGGGCACACACCGCGGCUGAGGCCUGCGCAAAGCGGACAGUUCGACAGACAUGUGGGAGAUAUAGAGUGUGUCGAUGGUAUUCCAGUAUCACGCAUGAAGAGAACAGACUGGAGCAAGUGUUUGUGCCAGACUCUUCCUGUACAUCUGUCACAACUGCACAGGUCCAAGAGCUUGUGGUUCCAGGUGGCCAUAAGCGAGUUCUGAAGGAUGUUCUGCCUUUCUCAGCAUUCCUUACGGACUCUUUUGGACGGAGACAUAAUUACCUUCGCAUUUCCCUCACCGAGAAAUGUAACCUUCGCUGUCAGUACUGUAUGCCACAAGAAGGGGUAAAACUCAGCCCUCGCUCUCAGCUCCUAACAACAGAGGAGUUACUGACAUUAGCCAGACUCUUCGUACGAGAGGGGGUGAACAAGAUACGGCUGACUGGAGGAGAACCUCUCAUUCGCCCAGACGUUCUGCAUAUAAUAGGGGAAUUGAGGAAGUUGGAGGGUCUGAAAACAAUUGCAGUCACCACAAAUGGCAUGAAUUUGACCCGGCUGUUGCCCGGUUUGAAAAAAUCUGGAGUGGAUCUACUCAACAUCAGCCUAGACACCCUGGUCCCUGCCAAAUUUGAGUUCAUCGCUAGACGAAAAGGGUUUCAUAAAGUGAUGGAAGGCAUUGAAAAGGCUGUUGAAAUGGGCUACAAUCCAGUCAAGGUGAACUGUGUGGUCAUGAGAGGUCUGAAUGAAGACGAGUUGAUUGACUUUGUGUCACUGACAGAGACGAAACCAUUGGAUGUGAGAUUCAUUGAGUACAUGCCUUUUGAUGGUAACAGAUGGAACUUCAAGAUGAUGGUGAGCUAUCAGGAGAUGCUGGACUGUAUAAAGCAAAAAUGGCCCAAUCUGGAACCUGUGCCCGGAGAGGAAACAGACACAGCCAAGGCGUUUAGAGUACCAGGAUUUCAGGGCCAGCUGGGCUUCAUUAGCUCCAUGUCAGACAAUUUCUGUGGUUCCUGUAACCGAUUGCGCAUCACGGCCGAUGGCAACCUUAAGGUUUGUUUGUUUGGGAAUUCAGAGGUGUCUUUGAGGGAUUUUCUGCGCUCCGGAGCACCUGAAGAGGAACUACUGCACAUCAUAGGGGCAGCAGUCGGGAGGAAGAAGAAACAGCAUGCAGGGAUGUUCAAUAUAUCUCAGAUGAAGAACAGGCCGAUGAUCCUCAUUGGUAGAGAUGGCAGUUGGCUGCUGCCAGUGCCUCCGUUGAGAGGCAGUCAGAGACCGGCUCUUUCUCUCAUCCACUGCAUGGACUCAGCAGCCUCUGCUACAACCCAGUCAUUACCAAAUUACUGUAAACACUUUUGUAGUAAUGUGCAUCAGGACUACACAAGCAUUUUUGAUAAUGAUGCACACAGUUUGACUAAUUUUCAUAGAAAUGAUAAUCUACUACGUUUUAAUCCCAUGAUGAGCAACAAUCUAAGACACAUCAGUGCAUCCUCAGUGGCACUUUGCAGUGACGCUAUGACUGAAUCUUGUCAUCAGGUGAACGUUGGUGCCUCAAAAACCCCUACAGCUGUAACCUUCCCCACACAUAUUUUGCGCUGGGGGUCUCACCCACCACAGCUACAACCCAAAACAUUGGCUCCUGUGCCCUUUCGUAGUGCACUACUGUCGACAUUCAAAUUUAGAGAUUCAGCUCUGCAGCUUGCACGCCACUGCCACAGAAAAACUCCUGAAUGUGGGUGUGAUUUGAAAAUACCACAUACAGACGCACAAUCGUCCAGCUUUGAUGGAACCUCUGAUCAGUUGACCCACACUGAUGCACAGGGUAAAGCCUCCAUGGUCAAUGUGGGCUUUAAGGCGGCAACUUGUCGCACAGCCACAGCUUAUGGCAAAGUCAUCCUGGGCCCAAAAGCUUUUCAUCUGGUGUGUGUCAACCAGCUCGCCAAGGGCGAUGCCUUAGCGGUAGCACAGCUAGCGGGCAUCAUGGGUGCCAAGCAGACCUCAUCCCUCAUUCCCCUCUGUCAUCCGCUUCCUCUUGACCACGUUUCCGUGACCAUAGAGCUGCUGGAAGAAGGACAUGCUGUCAUCGUAAAGGCAACCUGCCAAACCACGGGCCGCACAGGAGUGGAGAUGGAGGCCCUGACCGCCGUUACGGUGGCCUCGCUGACCCUCUAUGACAUGUGCAAGUCAGUCAGCCAUGACAUUGUUAUUACUGACAUAAAGUUGCUUAGUAAAACAGGUGGGCAGAGAGGCGAUUUCCAUCGCUGGCCUGACUCCUAAAGAACGCACAAAUCUUACCUGUUUGAAUGUAGCUUAAUUCACUAGAGUGACAUCAGUGUUUUCUAACAAAAUGUGCCUUCAGAUGCCUCUAGCUGAUCCACUAUGUGUUAUUUGAACUAUUCCUGUGUUUAUAACCAGCAUUAAAUGUGAUUUAUUAGAGUAAUCAUUUACUUUAUACAAAGAAUACAUUAUUUUGGUCUAGAUUUAUUUUGAUAAUGAUAUUGAGCAGUAUUUGGUAAGCGUAUCAACAUUUAAACCAGUUAAGGUCUAUGAGGACACCUUAUUUUGCUCUGAAAAGUGUUUGCAUACCUAAGCAAAAACAAACUGUAGUCAGGUUAUUCAUUUGAUUCAAAGGAAUGUUUCCCCUUAAAAAAAAAAGAUAUUUUGAAAAAUAUCGCAGUGGUCAGUGUUUUUUUUCUUUUUUCUUCUCCAUAUAAUGAAAGUCAGUGGGGUCUAGUAUUGUUUGGACCCCCGUUCUUCAAAAUAUAUGAAGGAAAAAAAGUGCAUACAGGUUUGGAACAACACAAGGGUUGAGUAAAUUAUGAAACUAGCCAUUUAAAGCAAAAUACAAAUGACCUGACAAUGUCAAAACCCGGUAACGAGAUCAUUUUAGCACUUCCGGUUCCAUCAACCUGAAGUGAAUGGGUUUGGGGUUAAACUCAGCAUGAAAGAGGAAGAGGAUGUGCUAGUGUUUUCUUUUCUAUUGUGAUAUACACACAAGUGGAACGGCUUCUUGAGAAGAAGAAAAAAAAGUAAGGCGGGACUUGAUUUUGUCCAUGGGGAAUUGAUUCGAUCGUUGGAUUGUUGUGGUUUGACAGGUUGUCCCCCUCUCGCGCCAGUAAACACGUCGUCAGAGAAGAGAUUGCAAGAGAGGGGAGAGGGAGGGAGUUAUUUUGUUUAAAGAUUCGGGUUAGGGUUAUGAAAAAUAGAGAUAUGAAUGAAUACAUCGUUUAUAAUACUGCAAUAUUGCAAUUGUUUUCCAUUUUUAUUUUAUUGUGACUUUAACACAAGCUCAUAUUUUCACAUAUAACAAAGUACAUAAGUUAUACCUUAUGAUUUUUUUAAAGCUUUUAUUUGUCUGGAAAAGCCAAUGGUACACAUUUUCGAACUCUUCCUAAUAAAACACCUGUAGCCUGUUGCAUGAAGCUAGUUGAACAAACUCUUAGUUUCAGAGUAGGUUUUGGAGUUGACAAAUCCAGAUAAAUCCAACCUGGGGCCUGUACCAUGAAGCCGGAUUAGCUGGCUAGCCAGUUAAGUUUCAGAUUAGUUUGUGCCAAUCCUGGGUUUUAGGUACCAUGAAAGUGACUUGGCUUUUAGCGGUGUUCAUCACCAUAGUAACUUACGCUCCACAGCUAACCUGCUCCGGGGCAGGUUAUGUUCUGGGUAAGAGAUCUCAAACCGAAAUUGGACCAAUCGGAUGUGAGCAAAGUGACACUGACACAUUUAACGCAAUAAAGUCCCUCCCCCAGUUUCUCUUCCUCCAAAUUAAAGGUCACUAUAUAGUAAAAACAAAUAUUUAACGAUGAAAUUGUCUUGCUUUAAUGAUUUAUAGAAUUAUUUUAUGAUUUAUAUAUGAUUAAAAUAAUUAUUAUAUGAUCUAUAUUAUUAUUAAUCCAUUUCACACAAGCAAUUUGUUUAACAGUUAAGCAUUUAUUUUAAAUAAAUAUUAAUAUAUACAGAUCAACAACCAACAUUUUUCAGAUAUGUAUCGUUUAUUACCCAAUCCCUGUGCACUCAGGUAAACAUGUAUACAUUUCCCUGUAAAGAACGCACAAAUCUUACCUGUUUGAAUGUAGCUUAAUUCACUAGAGUGACAUCAGUGUUUUCUAACAAAAUGUGCCUUCAGAUGCCUCUAGCUGAUCCACUAUGUGUUAUUUGAACUAUUCCUGUGUUUAUAACCAGCAUUAAAUGUGAUUUAUUAGAGUAAUCAUUUACUUUAUACAAAGAAUACAUUAUUUUGGUCUAGAUUUAUUUUGAUAAUGAUAUUGAGCAGUAUUUGGUAAGCGUAUCAACAUUUAAACCAGUUAAGGUCUAUGAGGACACCUUAUUUUGCUCUGAAAAGUGUUUGCAUACCUAAGCAAAAACAAACUGUAGUCAGGUUAUUCAUUUGAUUCAAAGGAAUGUUUCCCCUUAAAAAAAAAAGAUAUUUUGAAAAAUA